AUGCGAUUUCUUGAAACGAUGUUCGACCGAUAUGGUCGUCUGCUUGCUAGGCAUCCUUUUCCUUUUAUUAUAUUGCCGCUGCUUAUCACCUUAAUUUCUUCAAUAGGUUUGCUGAAUUUCCACAGUAAAGACGAUAUUUGGGAUUUAUAUUCGCCUUUAAAUGGUCUCAGCCGAAUGGAAGAGAAAGCUUUAGAAAUGUUCGAAUACGCAAGCAGUGCGCAUCAUUACCGGAUACAAAUUCUCGUUAAUCGAAAAGACGGUGGAAAUUUGAUGAAUAUGAUGGAUUUAAACGAGAUCUCUAAUAUGCAUUCUUAUGUUGUUAAUAAUAUUUCUAUAGCUGAUGGCAAUAAUUCGCUCACAUACGAUGAUAUUUGUGGCAUAUAUUGUAAUGAUAGUAAUGCAAUUGUUUUAAGUUUCAUUCAGGUUAAUCUCCGAUUAGCGAAUGGUCGGGCAAUUGCCAUUGAAUUUGAACGGCAGCUCACAGACGUUUUCUAUACAGCAAAUUAUAUAUCAAAAAAGCUCAAAUUUUCCUUGUUAAGUCGAAAUUUUGAAUUAAAAGAACAGCGACAAAUCACACUCGUUGCUUUGCCAUAUUUAGCAAUAACUGCCACAAUUCUUACGUUAUUUAUGGUGAUGAGUUUAACCGAUUUUCCACUAUCUAAAAUAGGAAUGCUUUGGGCAAUUGGGAUACCAUUUUCCAAUAUUCUCACUGUUGUACCUUUCUUGGUGAUAACUAUUGGAGUGGACGAUGCUUUUCUUAUUCUUGCUGGUUGGCGGCAUUCUAAACCAGGAGAAAGUUUGGAAAUUAAAUCAGGUGAAAUGCUGGCAAAAUCUGGAUCCAGUGUCACAGUUACCUCAAUAACAGACGUUUUAUGCUUCGCAGUCGGACUAUUUUCCAACUUGCCUGUUGUUCGUCUGUUUUGCCUCUACACAUCGCUUGCUUUAGCAGUUGAUUAUAUUUACCAGGUUAAAUUGCUUCUUUCGUUCCACUUUCUUUCAUUUCACUUUUUGAUUCUAUUUCUAAACCAUUCUACUGAUAAGUUUAUUAGUUCAAUUGUUCUUUUUCAUCGGUAA